CUCUCUCCACCAUAGAAUUCGGAAAGAAGAACCCUAGCCUUGUCCGAAACUCAUUGAUUGCAAAAUAUCUUCCUUAAAUUUGUGUUUUAAUUAUUAUCCGAAACUACUUCAACAACAGAGAAAGCCAAGCCGGAGAGAAAACCAAAUGGCUUCUUGCGGCGGAGAGGCGGUGGAAAUCGGAUCCGACUCGAAAUCGAAGCCCGUUGAUCCCAAAUUAGGCGGAGUUGGGACCAGAAGCGCCGGCCAAGGACAAUAUAAAGCUCCGGCGCCGCCGAUGCAACAAUGGGUGAAGAAGCAGCCUUAUAAAUCGGCCAAGAAGAAAUCGAAGAAAGACAGGAGAAUCAACGUAGCUCCUUUGGAUCCCGAAGCUAUCGACUGCGACUGGUGGGAUACUUUCUGGCAACGAAACUCUUCUCUCUCAGGUGUUUCAAUCCCUUUAGACGAAGAUGAUGCGUUCAAGUACUUCUUUAGAGCUUCAAAGACGACAUUUAGCUACAUCUGUUCUCUCGUGAGGGAGGAUCUUAUCUCUAGACCUCCUUCAGGACUCAUCAACAUCGAGGGAAGGCUUCUUAGCGUCGAGAAACAAGUAGCCAUUGCUCUAAGAAGAUUGGCUUCCGGUGAAUCUCAGGUCUCCGUGGGAACUUCCUUUGGUGUUGGCCAAUCCACAGUUUCUCAAGUUACAUGGAGAUUCAUCGAGGCCCUUGAGGAACGAGCCAAGCAUCAUCUUAGAUGGCCAGACUCUGACAGGAUCGAAGAGAUCAAGUCAAAGUUUGAGGAACUCUACGGUCUUCCCAAUUGUUGUGGAGCCAUAGACACAACUCACAUCAUCAUGACUCUACCUGCUGUGCAAGCAUCAGACGACUGGUGCGACCAGGAGAAGAACUAUAGCAUGUUCUUGCAAGGUGUCUUUGAUCACGAGAUGAGGUUUCUCAACAUGGUUACUGGCUGGCCUGGUGGCAUGAGCGUCUCCAAGCUGCUUAAGUUCUCAGGCUUCUUCAAACUCUGUGAAACCGCUCAGGUAUUGGACGGGAAUGCCAAAACUCUGUAUCAAGGAGCGGAGGUUAGAGAGUAUGUAGUUGGUGGGUUUAGUUACCCGCUGCUUCCUUGGCUUAUCACUCCUCACGACACUGAUGAUCCUUCUGAUCCCAUGAUGGCCUUCAACGACAGGCAUGAGAUGGUGAGGUCAGUUGCAGCUACUGCCUUUGCACAGCUUAAAGGAAGCUGGAGGAUUCUGAGCAAGGUUAUGUGGAGACCUGACAGGAGGAAACUGCCUAGUAUUAUACUGGUGUGUUGUUUGUUGCAUAACAUUAUAAUCGAUUGUGGUGAUUAUCUGCAAGACGAUGUUCCUUUAACGGGUCAUCACGACUCCGGUUAUGCAGACCGGUACUGCAAGCAGACCGAGCCGCUUGGUAGUGAGCUCAGAGGAUACUUGACUGAGUAUCUGCAGAGGUGAGAAUCUUCAAAAAAACAUAGGAUAGUUUUCUUAUGUCCUAGUGUUGAAAGCGUUGUCUUAUGUUUUCUGUCUACCAUUGCUAUUGAAGUUUUAAUUUGCAUUGUAAGGAAAUGUUGGGGUUAAUCAAAAUCAAUCAAGUUUUG